AAUAUAACGUCGUCCCCGCCCCAGCAAAAUCUUCCUCUCUCUUCCAGCUACAGUCUAAAGGAUCAAUUGAUCUUUGAAAUUAGAAAGUAGAGGCAGGGUUGCAGACUUUUGGAAGGAAAAUAGAACAAUCAUUUGAGGAGGGAAUUAGCUGCUAAUUCUGUCAUCUUAAAAGUUGGCACCUGGCCUACUUUUUUGAGGAGUGUUGUUCUUGUUCAAGAUGAUGAUGUUUGAGGAAAUGGGGUUCUGUGGGGAUCUUGAUUUCUUCCCUGCUCUGCUGAAGGAAGUGGAAGUGGCUGCUCCACUCACUGAGCCGGAGCCGGAGCCGGCGAUGGAUGACGAUUACAGUGAUGAGGAUAUUGAUGUGGAUGAGCUAGAGAAGAGAGUGUGGAGGGACAAGAUGAAGCUGAAAAGGAUGAAAGAAAUGAAUCAGGGAAAGGUAGAUAUUGAUUCUGCGAAACGACGCCAGUCGCAGGAGCAGGCGAGGAGGAAGAAGAUGUCAAGGGCACAGGACGGGAUCUUGAAGUACAUGUUGAAAAUGAUGGAAGUUUGUAAAGCUCAGGGUUUUGUUUAUGGUAUCAUCCCGGAAAAAGGCAAGCCGGUCGGAGGGGCAUCUGAUAAUCUUAGAAAAUGGUGGAAAGAUAAAGUGAGGUUCGACCGAAAUGGUCCUGCGGCCAUAGCCAAAUACCAAUCUGAUCAUGCCAUCCCAGGGAUGAACGAGGGAUCUAAUCCAGUUGGUCCUACGCCUCACACCUUGCAGGAGCUUCAAGAUACCACCCUUGGUUCGUUAUUGUCAGCUCUGAUGCAGCACUGUGAUCCUCCUCAGAGAAGAUUCCCAUUGGAGAAAGGUGUUUCGCCCCCGUGGUGGCCUACAGGAGAGGAGGAUUGGUGGCCUCAAUUGGGUUUGCAGAAGGAACAAGGUCCUCCGCCUUAUAAGAAGCCUCAUGAUCUGAAGAAAGCGUGGAAGGUUGGUGUCCUCACAGCUGUAAUCAAGCACAUGUUCCCCGAUAUUGCUAAGAUCCGUAAGCUUGUAAGGCAGUCAAAGUGCUUGCAGGAUAAGAUGACAGCCAAAGAAAGUGCAACUUGGCUUGCCAUCAUCAAUCAGGAGGAAGUUUUGGCUCGAGCACUCUAUCCUGAUCACUGUCUGCCCUUGUCCUCAGCUGGUGCUAGUGGAACUUUCAUGUUGAAUGACAGCAGUGAGUAUGACGUUGAAGGUGCUCAAGAUGAACCCAGCUUUGAUGUUCAUGAGCAAAAACCAAACCAUCUCAGCUUGUUGAAUGUUGGUCUCGAGAGAUUCAAGGAGACGCGGCCUCUGCAGCAACAAUCUCAUCCAAACAAGGAUGAAAUGAUCACAAGCUUAGACGUCACGCGGAAGAGGAAGCAAUCGGAUGAACAGAAUGUUGCAACGGAUCAAAAGAUCUAUACAUGCGAGUUUCUUCAAUGUCCUUACAGUGAACUUCGCCAUGGUUUUCAGGACAGAUCUGCCAGAGACAAUCAUCAAUUAGCUUGUCCUUUCAGAAAAACUUCCCAAUUGGGAGUCUCAAACUUUCACGUGAACGAGGUCAAGCCAACUGUCUUCCCUCAACAAUAUGUCCAGUCAAAGUCAGCUGCUCUGCCUGUCAAUCUCGGACCAGGUCCACCUUCCUUUGAUCUAUUUGGAGUAGGAGUUUCUGAAGAUGGGCAAAGGAUGAUUGAUGAGCUUAUGUCAUUCUAUGACAGUAAUAUACAAGGAAACAAAAGCCAAAAUACGGGAAAUGUUGCACUGACCAAAGAGCAGCCUCAUCAACAACCUCGUCUGAACCAGGACAAUUACCUACACAGCCAAGGGAUGAUGGAAGGGAAUACCUUCAAAGACACAAAUAUUUCUGCAAACCAUCCUAUACUCCCACAAGGCAAUCUAGCUGAUCAGUGCAAGGUUCUAAAUUCAUCAUUCAAUACAGGUUCUAAUGACAACUUCAAUUUCAUGUUUGGAUCUCCGUUCAACUUACAGUCCACCAAUUUUACUGGAAAUCUACCUGGCUUCGGAUGUGAUAACACACUGAAGCAAGAUAUUCCCAUUUGGUACUAGCCAAGAGAUUGGUGAGACGUAUAUAAUCAGCUGGAACUUCAUAGUUAUAGCUUGUUCCCUGAGAGGCAAGAUCCAGAUAUAAUUUGUAUGCGUUAUAAGGUAGAUUUUUAGUCGCUUAUAGAUCUUUUAGUUAUGGUAUUUCUAGAUACCAUGUUGAAAGCUAGGCAUGGUGUAAUGAAGGAGGAGGAAGAGAUACCCUCAAAUAUUAGCUAUGCUGCUUAUAGAAUGUUUAGAUAUAAUUAAAAAUAAGUUAGCCUAUUUUGUUAUCUGUGUACAAUUUUGGUUGAACUCACGCUGCAGUAAUUUUGAUAUCUUUAUUUAAGUCUCUUUGUUGGCUGCA